GGGAGAUAACUCUAACUUCCUUGUUUCCACUUCCUUGUUUAUUGGGUUCUUUGCUGGCAUCUCGUUCCAAGUAUUUUAAGUAAAUGUACAUUUCUGUCAAUUGUCAGUUUCUUUUUUUUACACCAAUUGUCGCACGUGGAAUCACUUCCCUAUUCGUGUGAAACACUUGAUACAUUGGACUUCUCACGGGCUGUGUGGACCUUGUUGUGCAGGAGAACAGUUUGUGCUCUGUCUUCUUGUGAAGUGAAAAGGAACUGAACAAUGCAUUAUGGCUAGUUUGGCACUUCCAGAAAAAGCUUCAUCAGCCAGAUUCUUUUAUGGACGUAUAACGCGAGACGAAGCAGAAGUCAUUUUAAAAGAGCGAGGCUGCAAUGAAGGCCUCUAUCUUUUGCGAGAGAGCAUCAGUCCACUGGGGAACUAUGCCAUCAGCAUCUGUCACCACAACAAGGUGCACCACUACAUAAUUGAGAAACAGGUUGAUGGAACGUUCAUGAUACCUGAAGGACGGAGAUUCCAAGGACCUAUAGAACUUAUCAAAUUUUACCAGAACAACCCUGAUGGAUUUGUGACAAGGCCCACAGCACCAUGCAACAGGGGUUCUAACCAGACACCUGUUGCUUUCAGGGGCAUGACCUACCAUGAUCUGGAGAAGGAGCUCAUGCAGAGGGCCAAGUCUAUUAAGAAUGUGCGAAUGGACAAGGCAAUGGGCACAAUGCGUGACUCCUUGAUUAAGAUGGUUGCCAAGGAUCUUCAUCUGAAAAUGCCAUGGUAUCAUCAGAGAAUAUCGAGGGAAGAAGCAGAAGUAAGGCUGCUUAAAGAUGGACAUAUGGAUGGAAAAUUUCUUGUGCGGGAGAGAGAUGACCACAAGAGUUAUGCCCUAACUCUCAGCUCCAAGGUCUGCCCCAAGCAUUACUUCAUCAACAUCAAUGCAGAGAAACUCUCCAUUGAAGAUGGGCCAAAGUUUGAAUGUCUCAUAAUGCUGAUAGACCACUACCACAAUAAACAAGAUGGAUUGGCCUGCAAACUCACACGCCCUGUCUGUUGCCCCAAGUAUGACAAAGACAAGUUCAAAAGUUACAUUGACAACAGCACUAAUAAUGUCUUAUACCAGUCACUACAGAAUCAAAGACACUCUGUUGGCAACUCGUGUAUGCAGAGUGAGUUGGAUGACCCUCCUGAUGUGCCAGCACCUAGUCCCCCCUACAUGCACCGUCGGCCAUCUGGAUCCAGUCGGCGCCCUCUCCCACCAGUUCCAGCAAAGCUGCAAGGAGAGUGGGAGCAAGAUACUCUGGAUUUUGGAGCUGCUCGAGAUAUACAGAUUUCUAUUGAUGGAGACAACUUAGAGGAUGAAUAUGUGAAAGUUCGGAGGGAAUCCAAACGCUUCCAGUUGAACCCGUCACAGAUACAGCUCCAAGACAAACUAGGAUCUGGGCAGUUUGGUUCUGUGGUGAAAGGAGUGUGCCUACUGGGCAAGAAGGAAAUACCUGUUGCUAUUAAGACUCUAAAGAAUGAAGAUUAUAAACCAGACCAAAAGCCUGAAAUUGUCAGAGAGGCUGAGGUUAUGCAAGAACUGGACCAUAAGCACAUUGUCAGAAUGAUAGGACUAUGUCAAGCGGAGAAUAUUAUGUUGGUUCUGGAGCUUGCACCCCUUGGACCUCUCAACAAAUACCUUGUGAAGAACAAAGACCUAAAACAGUCUGAGGUGGUGCUGCUUAUGAAGCAAGUAGCUGAAGGCAUGACCUAUCUCGAAGCCAGAAAAUUUGUUCACAGAGACCUGGCAGCAAGAAAUGUGCUUCUCGUCACAGAAAGAUUUGCCAAGAUCAGUGACUUUGGCAUGUCCAAGGCUCUUAACAGAGACAGUAACUACUAUGAGGCCUCAGAGGCCGGGAAAUGGCCAUUGAAGUGGUAUGCGCCAGAAUGCAUUUACUACUUCAAGUUCGAUUCCCGUUCUGAUGUAUGGAGCUAUGGUGUCACACUAUGGGAGGCCUUAUCUUUUGGAAAGAAGCCAUACCAUAAAAUGAAAGGUCAAGCGAUUCUUGAGUUCCUACAAGAUGGCCGCCGCCUGGAGAAGCCCGAGACAUGUUGUGAUGAAGCAUAUGAGAUCAUGAUGGAAUGCUGGAAGUUUGAGAAAACUCAUCGUCCAUCAUUCAGUCAGCUGAGUCUGAAGAUGAAGGGCUUGUAUGAAAGCCUUUUGGCACAACGGAUGUAGGAGCAAUUGAGCAUUGACACAGCAGCCAAUAUGUUACACAUUCCACUUGUGUUCUCAACACCAUGUUAUUUCAGUUUUAACAUUGUCUCAUUGUCACCCAAGAAAGAAAGAACUUCAAGCAUGUGCACUGUCUGUCAUCACGAGAUAAUAUUCAAUCUGUUGUGUAAACUAGCAUGCCCCUAACUGAGACUAUGAACCACUUUGUUCUAAUUUCUCUGAAUGAUCUACUCAGCUCAGCAUGUGGCUGUUGUAAAGUGCUUGACACAUCCUUCUGCAUACAACUUAGCAUUCUGUCACCUGCUUGACUAUAUUGAAAGUGGUUCUAGUUUCUUCUAUUGUAUAUAGUAUUCAUGCAUAUUAAAUAGUCAUGAUAAUUCUAUUAUUUGUCUAAUUCUUCUGAUGUGACUAUGUACUUUCCAAUUUGAUAAUAAGUGUAAUCAAGCCAAGAUGGGCUGUAGUUGAGCCUGUAGUGUAUAUUUGAUUCUUGUAUAAAUUAUCUUAAAUUAUGUAUUCUUUAAGUAACAUUCUUACUGCACUUGAUGUAUUUAGUACCACUUCUUAACUGUCUAUCAAGACUUGAUAGAUAGACAUGAGGAAAGGUAACAGCCAAGGUAUACUUGAUGUAUGUCACCAAUGUUCUUCAAACAUUUCAUGGAAUCGUAGGCCAAACGAAGAAUUCCCCACAGCCCCAAAUCAGAAGAGGCCUAAAUUUGUUUGUUAUUUUGAAUCAAUAUUUAGUAAGUGCACAAAAUGUAGACAUUUUACCAUUGAUGUAUUUGAAGGGGGAGUUAAUAUUAGAUGAAUGGCAAUGACAGCUUAACUGGAAUUUGUCAUAUACUCACCUCCAGGACAUAUCAAAAGCAACAGACAGUUACCAGUGUCCAGACUGCCUGAAGCAUAUCAAGGCCAAAUCUUUAACACACUCAUUUAGGAUUGUUUCUUUUGUUGAAAGUGAAAUUAAUUUUAGUAUCUGAGUGUGAACAUUUUAUUUCCAUUCAUUAUUUUUGCUUUGUUUUCCGACUUAACCUAGAGAAUGACUCAAAAGAUAACCUGAGAAUACUUACAUGAAGAAGGGAUGAGGAAACACAACAUAAUCACGAUGAUGGUAUAAUUAAACAAUAGUAAUCAUACUAUACUUCUCAAAAAAAGUUAAAGACGACCCAAAUCUUUCAUAUUACCAUAAAUCUGUCUUAAAUCUUGCUUCUUUUGAGUAAAAUUAGAAUAAAUAUUGAUCACAGUAUGCACAAAUAUACUGACAAGUUCCCAAAAUAUAUGAUGGUACAAUGUAGAUAAAUGAUGUGAAAAUGGAAUUAGUUUGUAAAAGGGUUAUGAUCCAUGAAAGUCCUUAUUGACGAAUAUCCCACUUUAUAUCCUCAAGUGUGCCUUCUGAAUGAGAGAAUCCAGCUGUUUGAACAAUCUCUGGUCUCGUGUCACGCUGUCCAGUUCCUUCCCAGACAUGCCAGUACUAUUCUACUAACAACUGAACAAGUUGUCAUACCUGGGGUAACAUUUGACUGCAAAAGUCCUUUUGUUGGAAUUAGUCCGAUCAACACAAUUAAAUAAUUAUUUAACUUUUUAAAGUAUGUGCGUAUGCAGUGCAUGAUUUCAACCUUAAACUCUGCUUCAUAAUGCUCUCUUCAAACUUUUUAAGGCUGUGAAAGUGAACUUUGCAGGGUCAUAAAAAAAGACAAGUUUUAUUUUAUUCUAAUGAAAACUCGACUUCUGGUCAAUGCCAGCUGUAUUUGCACUUUACGAGAUUAGCCUUGGUAUUUAUCUUUAUGGAGUGAGGCUGAACACAUCGGCUGCUAGACGAGACAGAUUUAGUCACUUAUUUAACUCUCCGACAGUCACUUUUGUAGUCAAAAAUAAAAAGUAGGGUAAAAAAUACAUCACUGAGAAGCAGUCUAAUGAAAUGACCUACUAAUAUGAAGCAACAUAGACAGAGUCUCUAGGGAUUAUGGUCACCAUACCUCGAUAGUAGGAUUGUAAAGAAAAUGUGGGUGGUCAAACUAAAAUAUCUGUUGGGCGGAAAUUGUAAGAAGAUUUUUAUUGUCAAGGGGUUCUUGGAUGAUUGAAAAGCAGACUAUCAACAAGAAACUGUUAUUUAUGUAGUUAAUUCCCCAGCUGGGGGAAUAUAAAAGCGCAUUAUACACAAUCAAGGCAAAUAAUUAAAUAAUACAAUCAUCAUAUUUAAUAUUGUUAUAUUUUUACAUCAGGGUGAAAACAGUACAGCAGAUCUGUUAUACAAGAAAUUCUUUUUGUCUGACCUGAGUAUUAUAAAAGAUUGAAAAGAUGAUAAUGUAGGUAUGGAAACAUUAAUGUUUAAUUUAGCUACAAAAAGAUUCCAUUGUUCUUAAAAAUUUAUAUUCUGCUUGUGUUCAAAAAUAUUCUGAGAACUGAAACUUUUUUUGCUUUAUCUGUUGAAUGGCUAAGAGAGCAAUUUAAGCCUGAUUCUAUUAACAUUUUUAUCUUAAUGACUUUGUUGUUUCCUAGAUAUGUACUUAUUGUGACCAAAUGUAUAAAUAAUUCAGUAAUUAUUCCCUAAUUUUCUUUUAACAUGUAGUUCCAUAAUUGAGUUAUCUGUCCUAGCGCAGGCGAAUACAACGUCUGUGCAUGUGCAAACCUCCAACUUUCAUUAUUUCUGCUUAUUUGCUCCAAGCAAGCUGUGUAAAUUUUUUAUAAUAUUUUUGGGUUCAAUAUUCCUACGUAUUUUGUGAUUUAGCUAGUCUACCCAUUUAUUACCUUCUGUUACAUCAAAUCAUGAGUUUUUGUCAAUGUAAUUAAUAGAAUCAAAUAACUUUAUUCCACGUUGAUUGGUCAGAAUGGCUAGCCAAAGUCAACCCAAAUGCACCGAGUACACAACAUUUAUGUAAGAGAUAGGUCUUCACUUGUUGUGUAUGUAAAAGAUACACUAUAGGUCUUCACUUGUUGUGUAUGUGAAAGAUAGGUCUUCACUUGUGUAUGUAAAAGAUAGGUCUUCACUUGUGUAUGUAAAAGAUAGGUCUUCACUUGUUGUGUAUGUAAAAGAUAGGUCUUCACUUGUGUAUGUAAAAGAUAGGUCUUCACUUGUUGUGUAUGUAAAAGAUAGGUCUUCACCUGUUGUGUAUGUAAAAGAUAGGUCUUCACUUGUUGUUUAGGUAAAAGAUUGGUCUUCACUUGUUGUGUAGACCCGUGAAGAUCCGGGGUAGAAUAGGUCUUCAGCAACCCAUGCUCGCUGUAAAAGGCGACUAUGCUUGUCGUAAGAGGCGACUUACGGGAUCGGUUGGUCAGGCUCGCUGACUUGGUUGAUGCAUGUCAUCGUAUCCUAAUUGCGUGGGGUGAUGUUCAUGAUGUCAAUCACUGGAUUGUCUGGUCCAGACUUAUUUAUUUACAGACGGACAUCAUAUAGCUAAAAUAUUGCUGGCGUUAAACAACAAACAAACAAACUUGUUGUGUAGACAUUGGCCCACCAAGAACUGAUCAUUUCCUGAUCAUUGUUAUUUUUGUGUAGACUCCACAGAGGCAAAAUCUAAAGACAUAGAUCUUUAUUGGAACAAGUCUAAGGCUGACAAAUGUAAACGAUCUGAUGGUUAUCAAAAUCAUAAUCCUUUAUCUUCAUUGCUAUUUUUUUCCUGUUCAGAUCUGAAACUUCUGAUGAUAUUGACAAGAUUGAUGAUUGGGUAGAGAAAGCCAUCAUUACUCAGGCUUAGGUGACAAAACUAAGGAUUGAUAAAAUUGACACAAAAAUUCAAAAUCUAAGUGUCUGGUCAUCAGGAUGAUUUGAUCACUCUGAAACAUCCAUUCUCUAAUUUCUUCAUUUAAUUAGGACUCUGUGUAGGUCAGGUUAUUCAAGUUAAGCAUAAAUACGCAAGAACAUAAGUAGUAUGUUGUUUGUGUAUAAGUGUCAGAGCCCAACAGCCUACUAGAGGGAAUGUUUACAUAAUAAUAAGAAACAAUUUCAUAUAUUGUUAGCAAUUAUAUUAGUAAGUUAAUUCUGUCAUUUAUUGGGGUGGAGAAAUAAUGCAAUAAGGAGGUUUGCAUUUUCACAGAGGUAGUAUUUUCCUGUGUUAGAGGAGAUAACUCAAGGAACUAUAAGUACCACUAAUUUUUUUUUUUUUUUUUUAACUUCGAGAUCAUCUGCAAUCAGGAGAAAUAGGGCCAUCCUAUUCUAGAGGUACGUUUACUGAUAUAAUUACUAACGCCAUAAAUUGUUUCUUUGGUAAGCAUAGAUAUCCAUGAUGUGAUGUUAUUAUUUGCAGUUGAUGUCGGUAUGUUUUUAAACACUUAUUAGUCUCCAGAAACAAUUAAAGACUCUGAGUCAUUUUGUUAUGAAUGGAGAUGAGAAGUACAGUUGGAAAGACAAAUGUCACUGUAUUGCAAAAUGAAGUUGUUUGUCUCACAAAUGCAUUGGCUUGGAAAUUCUUCUUUUCUUUUUUUUUUGUAAGCUUUUAUAGAUAUUCAGGUUUAAUCAUGUUUUGAAUUCUAACAUAUCUCCAAUGUCAUUAUAUUGUUCAGUUAUAUUGGGUAUAGUAUGUUAUGAUGUUGAAAAAGUACAUGCUCUCUUUGUCAAAUGAUACCUAGAUGUUGGUUGAUUCACAUACAUGUAAUAAGACUAUUUCAGAAAAAACAUUUCCACAUAAUGUUUCUAUACAUGCAGUUAAGAGUUGUUAAACGUUGGUUAAACUGUUGAGAAAGUAAUUGUGCAGGUGUGGUAAACAAAUCAGGUGUUACAUGUCAGAGUGCCAUUAUUUUAUCCUUGUUGUUCAGGAAUGUUGCAUUCACAAGUUGUUGGUGAGACUAUAUGUUGUAAGCAAAGAUUAAGGGCUAUGGGCUUUCAAAACUGGCAUUCCAGGAUCUUCUUCUCCCUAUAUUGUGGUAAUACAUUGACCCGUUCAGUGUCAGAAAAAUAUUCAACGUGUAUCCGUUGGAAAUAAGUCUUCAUGAAAAGUGUAGUUUUAUUUACAGCUAAAUGAAUACUUUGCUUGAUUUGUAUCGCACUAUUUGCAUUAUUGUAUCCAACUCAUUGUACUGACAAUGCAGUUGUGCUCAAAGUAUAUUUUAUGCUUGUUCAUGACAAUGUUUUCUGUCUACCUACUGUCACUGUUCUUCAGACAAGGAUUGGCAAUACUGAAAGUUUACCACAAUCACAAUUUGACAAAAAUGAUUAUUCAACAAUUUCCUAUUUUAGGAGUCAUGAACUUGUCUUAUGUGAACAGUGAAGAUAUAGUAGAAAACAUUAUUGUUUGCAUGGUGAUUUCCUGAAAGAACACUCAUUAUAAACACUAAAACAAAUGUAACCUUUCAGGAUUUAUAGCAUACGUGUUAAAUGAUCAGUUUAAAAUAAAUAUGUUAAUAAAAAAAAUUAUUCUGUUGGUAUAUUUUCUUUCAGAUCACAAGAAUGAUAUUACAUUUUAGGUAUAUGGCAUCAUACCAGCCAAGAAUAACAAUAUCAAUAUCUGUAGAUUGUAGAUUGUCACAGUUUUGGGGUCAUCCUUUCUAUAGCCUCAAUGAGCUAAAAUCUUCUCUUUUCUGUUGUUAGUUGUCCACCCACAUUUUACUGACAAAUGCCCAUACUAUCGAUGUACAUGUAUAGUGGUGGAUUGAUGCUCAUGGCAUCAAUCACUGGAUUGUGUAUUCCAGACUCGAUUAUUUACAGGCCGCCAUCAUAUAGCUGGAAUAUUGCUGAGUGCGGCGUUAAACAACAACCAAACAUGUUUACUGGCCAUGCUUUUAGACCUUUGAUGACAGCUAAACUGCUCUUGCCCCCAGGGUACACACCAAUCUACAGCUGGUGGAGUCUUGAAACCAACACCAGAAUAAACAAGAAAUGUCAUAAUUUGACUCAUGAAAAGUCUUCUUUAACAUAGAGUAAAAGGGAGCCAUUUUAGUACCCAUUGCUCUACCCUUUAAUUUGUCUAUAAUGUUCCACAUCAAAAUUAAACGUAUUGUUAUUCAGUAAGAACGUAACACAUUCUAUGACGAAUUCCUUGGAGAAUCUUGUCGGAAUAAACAGCUUCAAUCCCUAAA